AUGCCGCCGCCGCCGCCGGUGCUGCUGGACGAGCUCAUGGAGGAGUUCUUCUUCCGCCUUCCGCCGGAUGAGCCAGAGCACCUCGUCCGCGCAUCCUCCGUCUGCAAGCCGUGGCGCGGCAUCCUCGCCGACGCCGGCUUCCGCCGCCGCUACCUCGAGUUCCACGGGACACCUCCCGUCCUGGGACUCCUCCAUAACACUCUAGGAGAGAGCUAUUGUCACUCCCGAUUCGUCCCCACCUCUGCCUUUCGCCCUGCCGUGACCGACAUUCCCAGCUGGACUGCGAUGGACUGCCGCCACGGCCGCGCCCUCUUCCUCGAAUCCAGCCUGAACAUUGAGGGUUUUCAACUAGUCGUCUGGGACCCUAUGUUGGGCAACGAGAGCCGCGUGCCCUGGCCGGACCACGAUCCUCGCUGCAGGCUUCGGCGUGGCCGUGCUCUGCGCCGUGGAAGGCUGUGA